AUGGCUUCCGUCGCGGUUACGGCCUUUGCCGCCUUAUCGUCCACGCCGAAAGUCGAAGAGGCCCUGUCGGGAAUCUUUGGCAGCAUUAGCUUGACCGCGUGGAUAUGUCUUCUCCUUCCCCAGCUUCUCACAAACUACAAGUCGCAAAGCGCUGAUGGCUUGUCCAUGGGCUUCUUGAUCAUCUGGUUGAUCGGCGACGUGACGAAUCUCAUGGGCGCUCUCUUCACCCACCUCGCUCCGACGGCCGUCGCCCUCGCAAGCUACUUCUGCUUCGCCGACCUCGUCCUAAUCUCCCAAUGCGUCUACUACAACACCAAGAACGCCCGCCGCGCAUCCUCCCGCCGCCGCUCCUCCGCGCCCGUCACCGCCACCGGCGCGAACCCGACCGAAGCACGGGAAGAUGAACCCCUCCUCUCAAACUCAGCACAGCGCCGCCGUAGCUCGUCCGCGGCGGCCGGUCUCCCCGGCUCGCAGCGCCGUCACGCCCACCACGAGGAGAGUUCGCUCGACCCCCUGCGCAAGAUGGUCACCGGCGAGGACGAGACACCCGACAGCAACCCCUGGCUCCACAACACCCUGAGCAUCCUCGCGGUAUACCUCGUCGGCGCGGCGGGCUGGUUCCUCUCCUACAAGGCCGGCGCGUGGGACGCCCCCGACAACGACACCGGUGCGGGCGCGGGUUCCCCCGCCGCGGCGGACGGCACCUGGGAGAAGAUUGGUCUUGCGCUGGGCUACUUUAGCGCCGUGUGCUACCUCUGCGCGCGCAUCCCGCAGAUUAUCAAGAAUUACAGGGAAAAGUCUUGCGAGGGGCUCGCGCUGCUGUUUUUCUUGUUGUCGCUUACGGGGAACCUGACGUACGGCGCAAGUCUUGUUGCAUUUAAGCAGGAUCGGGCGUAUUUGCUCAACGCGCUGCCGUGGUUGUUGGGGUCGUUGGGCACGAUGGUGGAGGAUUUUGUGAUUUUUGGGCAGUUUCACAUGUAUGCGACUAAGAGGGAGGGGAAGAGGGAUGAUGAGGCGUAA